AUGGCAUGGACAGAUAAGGAUGCUAGUAAUGGGAAACAGAAAGACCCUGUUGGUGACAAUGGGUUCUUGGAAGGAGUGCAGCUUGCUUCUGGUACCACUAGCUCUCUAGGCUGCAUUAGUCCUGGACUGAAGAAAUUUGAAGGGAAAGAUGCUUUAACUUAUGCCAACAUUCUUCGCUCCAGGAACAAAUUCAUCGAUGCUCUUGCUCUUUAUGAGUGUAUACUAGAUAAGGAUAAUGGCAAUGUUGAAGCUCACAUUGGUAAAGCGAUUUGCCAACAGAUGCAGAAUAUGGGACGGCUUGCUUUUGAGAGUUUUGCGGAAGUCAUCAAACUGGACCCGCAAAAUGCAUGCGCACUUACUCAUUGUGGGAUUCUUUACAAAGAUGAGGGUCGGCUUGUUGAAGCUGCUGAGUCAUAUCAGAAGGCUCUGAGAGCAGAUCCAUCAUACAAACCAGCAGCAGAAUGCCUGGCAAUUGUUUUGACAGAUCUUGGAACCAGCUUAAAGCUUGCUGGUAACACUCAGGAGGGAAUUCAGAAAUACUAUGAAGCUAUUAAAAUAGAUUCGCAUUAUGCUCCUGCAUAUUACAACCUUGGUGUCGUUUAUUCUGAAAUGAUGCAAUAUGACAUGGCCCUUAAUUGCUAUGAGAAGGCUGCUUUGGAGAGGCCCAUGUAUGCUGAAGCAUAUUGCAACAUGGGUGUCAUCUAUAAGAACCGUGGAGACUUGGAAUCCGCUAUUGCCUGUUAUGAGAGGUGUCUGGCUGUGUCUCCAAACUUCGAGAUUGCAAAAAAUAACAUGGCAAUUGCGUUGACAGAUUUAGGAACAAAGGUUAAAUUGGAGGGAGACAUCAAUCAAGGUGUGGCGUACUACAAGAAGGCUUUGUAUUACAAUUGGCACUAUGCUGAUGCCAUGUAUAAUCUAGGUGUUGCCUAUGGGGAAAUGCUGAACUUUGACAUGGCAAUUGUGUUUUAUGAACUUGCUUUCCACUUCAAUCCCCACUGUGCGGAGGCAUGCAACAAUUUAGGAGUGAUAUACAAGGACCGUGACAACCUUGAUAAAGCUGUGGAAUGUUAUCAGUUGGCUUUAUCGAUCAAACCAAACUUCUCACAGUCCUUGAACAAUCUUGGUGUUGUCUACACUGUCCAGGGUAAAAUGGAUGCUGCUGCAGGCAUGAUAGAGAAAGCUAUUGUUGCAAACCCCACAUAUGCAGAAGCAUAUAAUAACUUAGGGGUUCUUUACAGAGAUGCCGGCAAUAUAACACUGGCCAUUGAAGCUUAUGAGCAAUGCCUUAAGAUCGAUCCUGAUUCUCGCAAUGCAGGCCAGAAUCGACUGCUUGCAAUGAACUACAUAGAUGAGGGAACUGAUGAUAAAUUAUUUGAGGCUCACAGAGAUUGGGGUAAGCGGUUUAUGCGGUUAUAUCCACAGUGCUCUUCAUGGAACAAUCCAAAAGAUCCAAAACGACCACUUGUUAUUGGAUAUGUAUCACCUGAUUAUUUUACUCAUUCUGUAUCGUAUUUCAUUGAAGCACCCCUUGUCUAUCAUGAUUAUGCAAAUUACAAGGUGGUUGUUUAUUCGGCAGUUGUGAAGGCAGAUGCAAAAACUAAUAGAUUUAGAGACAAGGUUUUAAAAAAGGGUGGAAUAUGGAGAGAUAUCUACGGGAUUGAUGAGAAGAAAGUUGCAACCAUGGUUAGAGAGGAUAAAGUUGAUAUCUUGGUUGAACUUACAGGUCAUACUGCUAAUAAUAAGUUGGGAAUGAUGGCAUGCCGACCUGCACCUGUUCAGGUGACUUGGAUUGGCUACCCAAAUACAACUGGUUUGCCUGCUAUUGAUUAUAGAAUAACUGAUGCAUUGGCUGACCCUCCCGAUGCAAGACAGAAGCAUGUUGAGGAGUUAAUUCGGUUACCAGAAUGUUUCCUUUGUUAUACACCAUCCCCUGAAGCCGGGCCUAUAUGUCCAACUCCUGCUCUUUCCAAUGGCUUCAUUACUUUUGGUAGCUUUAACAAUCUAGCAAAGAUAACACCUAAAGUGCUACAAGUUUGGGCAAGGAUUUUAUGUGCUGUUCCAAACUCUCGACUUGUUGUAAAGUGUAAGCCCUUCUGUUGUGAUAGUGUAAGGCAGAGAUUCCUUUCAACACUGGAGCAGUUAGGUUUGGAAUCCCUGCGAGUUGAUCUCUUGCCUCUAAUUCUACUCAACCAUGACCAUAUGCAAGCAUAUGCUCUUAUGGACAUUAGCUUGGAUACUUUUCCAUAUGCGGGAACGACUACUACUUGUGAAUCUUUGUAUAUGGGAGUUCCAUGUGUCACCAUGGGGGGUUCAGUACAUGCUCAUAAUGUAGGCGUGAGUCUUCUCAAGACAGUUGGGUUAGGUCAUCUGGUUGCCAAGAAUGAAGAUGAAUAUGUCCAAUCGGCAUUGCAGUUGGCUUCAGAUGUUACAGCUCUCUCAAACUUGAGAAUGGGUCUGCGGGAUCUCAUGUCCAAGUCCCCCCUUUGUGAUGGAUCGAAAUUCAUUCUUGGUCUGGAAUCAAUAUACCGGAACAUGUGGAGCAAAUACUGUAAAGGUGAUGUACCAUCUUCAAAAUACAUGGAUAUGCUGCAACAACCACAUCAUGUUGCUUGCGACAAGCCCCCAGCUGUGAAAUUGUCUGAGCCAACAAAGAUCGCUGUAGGGUCAGUCAAGACAAAUGGAUUUAAUUCAGGGCCACAUUCAUGUGAAGAAAACGGGGUCCAGUUGCAUCUAAGCACUAGCUCUGGCAAGUUGAGCUGAAGCUAACGGUUAGUCUAUGAGGCAUUUAUAGGAAUUCAGAGUUAUAUUCCGGAAGGUAAGUUUGUUGCUCGCGUGGAGUUAAGCCUACUGUGUCGUAUAUAUAUUUAUGAAGGCUUGAUCUGCUGAAUUUGAGGCUGGAGUUGAAUAUGGUAACAACCGGUUGCAUUGGAUCAAUUUUUUUGGGGGAAAAGAAUGCUGGCAAUAUACUUGUUGCACUAAUUUUGUUCUGUUCGAGAUAGAAUUGUAGUCUAUUGCAAUGUCAUAAGAAUGCUUGUGUUUAUACUAGGUGUCUUUUUUUCUCCCCCUGAAUUAUAGAUGCUACCGUGGUUUGUAAAAUUAAGGUUAUUCUUUUUCUUUUCUUUUCUUUUCUUCAAUGUAGCUUCCUUCCAAUUGGAAAUUUCUUGAUUGAGUGCAAAAAUUGAUGACACAUAGUUUGGAA